AGUCAACCUGUGUGGAUGCUCUGUGAGCAGUGCUAUCUAUCUGUCCUUGUCUUGUUCAGUUCUUGAGUGUUGCUUCGUGUAUCUUCAUUUUUCACUUUCGUCGUCCUACGCGUCCCUACCUGCCAAUACCAACCAGUCAGUGCCGGUGUGUAUAGCUAUUUUUUCGCCUUUGCUGUGUCAGUGCAGCGCUUUCACGUGUUCUCCGUGUCUGAUCUUUGGCUGGCAGGAACAGGAACAGGUUUCGUGGGUUGAUACACCCAGAACUCGAACAUUUGCCGGCCAUCAGUCGUGCAAUAAACUCCGCUGUGUGAUUGGUGCUAAGAGAACACAACGAAAACUUUAGCUUAAUUUGAAAAACCCUAAAUGGAUUGCAUCGAAGCUGUUGAUUUGAGUGAGUGAUUUAAUUUUUUGACAAAGGACAGGCAAUGGCUAUCGCUUUCUACUGUGAGGAUGAAGAUCCUAAACUGUGGUACAGUAGCCCGGGCUACUAUGCUACGAUUGGAUACAAUAGUUAUCAGCACCAUCAACAGCAACAGCAGCAGCAACAACAACCGCCUGCUGCUGCGAUAGGACAGUCGUCACAGUUGAUAGAAAGUGGUGGUGAUCCCGGCACCAGUGUCGAUGAAAACAACAACAAUUGUGCACUUCACGACAGUGAUGGCAUCAGCGGAGGCGAUAGCAAUGGCAAUGUCAAUCAUACCACUGCCGCUGUUGAUAGUAAUCGGCAAUUGAUGCAGGUUCUGCAUCAGGUACUGUACCGGUUCACGUCGGAAGGUGCCCUCAGUCCAGCCCAUACAUCCUGCAUUUUCUGCAACAAAAUCUACUACUUAUUCCAGUUACUGUACUGACCCAACAGGCGUCGACAAGAGCAGAGGAUGGUACUCAAAAACGCAAAUAAAAAGUUCCAGUAAAGCAAUAUCUGCAAAGAUUUGCACUAUCACUAAAUAACAAAAAAGACAAAAAAAUACAAUCAUCAAAGCUAACGAAUCGACGGGCCCAAUCGGAAGCAGCAAACUAUGGAAUUUAAGUGUUGCUCUAAGCAGUCACCAUCCAGCAAAAACUACUACUGAAAGUCAGAAACGAUUGGAAUCCCGUCGGUUUCCUGUGAUGGAAGCAAUUUUACUAUGCGCAUUUUUGUUUAUGAGGAGAGAAAUGCCAAUCGUUUCGAAACGUAACAUUUAGUUAACAUAAGAAAGUUGCUAGAACAGCGGAUCUUUUUAAUAACUUUUCUAUAACAGUCGAACGUAAAAUUAUUCUCAAUUUAUUAUUUGAUUUUCUACAACAAAACUAGUUUUAAUACAUAACUCUAAGCCUAAUAGCGCAUUGUCGAUAUUAGAACCAAGAACCAUUUGACUUAUAUCUUUAAUUAUUGUGAUUUUACGAUAAUUUUUUAGCUACCUUAGUUUCAACUCGGAAUAGAUCGUAAAAUAUUAGGUUAUAGAUAUACUCACUGAUACAGUUGGUUUGAUUUGCGCCAACAGAAAAGAACACACAGACUAUAGGACUUAUUUGUGCGCCAUCGUUCGCGCACCGAUAAGAAAAUCAGCCACUUCCGUUCGAUGCCAAGGAAGAUGAUCUCAGUGCUAGUUAUGUAAGGUCGCCCCCAUGCGCAGUAUGAACCCUCAUGAAUGUAAACGCCCGACGAGGAAGCUGCCGCCAAUCGAUUUUCUGUACAUUUUUUUUUCUAGACAUUAUUUCGAACAUUUUCGCUUAGUAUUGUUUCUUUUUUAACAUUUACACUAAACGCAGCGGUUUAUACUAAAUGUCGGAUUUUAGAUUUAUUUUCGUUCUUCGACUGUAGGCAACUUAAUUAUUGAUUUACUU